UCUUUUGGCCCCAGGGACUCGCCGUCGUCUGGCUGCGGUGUUCCCCGGUUGAGACGAUGGCGACUGGGACGCCGGAUUCGCAAGCACGAUUUGGUCAGUCGGUGAAGGGGCUUCUCACCGAGAAGGUGAACACCUGCGGGACCGACGUGAUCGCGCUCACCAAGCAGGUGCUGAAAGGCUCCCGGAGCUCGGAGCUGCUGGGUCAGGCAGCUCGAAACAUGGUUCUACAGGAAGAUGCCAUCUUGCACUCAGAAGAUAGUUUAAGGAAAAUGGCAAUAAUAACAACACAUCUUCAGUACCAGCAAGAAGCUAUUCAGAAGAAUGUUGAACAGUCACCUGACCUGCAGGACCAGCUGAGUCAUUUAUUGAAGUAACAUGUCACAACAGCAAUUGACUCCUUUGCCUGAUGCUGAGGAGGAGGCUGUGGGCUUGGUUUCCAUUUUUUUUUUUUUUUUUGGUUUUUCGAGACAGGGUUUCUCUGUGUAGCUUUGCGCCUUGCCUGGAACUCACUUGGUAGCCCAGGCUGGCCUUGAACUCACAGAGAUCCGCCUGGCUCUGCCUCCCGAGUGCUGGGAUUAAAGGCGUGCGCCACCACCGCCCGGCUUUGGUUUCCAUUUUUAUCUCCAAAAAUUCAUCUAGAAAAGACUUGUGAAAAGAAGCCAGGUGACUGAACUUGGAAUCACUUCUUUUGGUCUUUUGAGACAAGUUUUCUCUGUGUAGCCCUGCCUAUCCUGGAACUCACUCUUUAGACUAGACUGGUCUCAGAGAUCCGCCUGCCUCUGCCUCCCAAGUGCUGGGAUUAAAGCUGUGCACCACCAUUGCCUGACCUUAGAAUUGCUUCUUAAAUUGAAUUAACCCAUACUCUUAUCAGAUAUUUAAGUUGUGUUGAAUUUCAUAUUAAAAUAAAUAGGUUCAAUAAGUAGCACUGAAAAUAAAAGAUAGCUUAUUAAAAGCUGUGUUACUGUA